GGUCCAAUCCCUGCUUUGGAUUUAAUUGUCUUUAGCCGAGGGGCGGGCCCUGCUGUCAGCUCCACUUCUAGUGACCCGAGCUGGCAUAAAUACACUUAGUACAGAGGAAUGGUGACAGCUGACGACGACAAACUUUGAUAUUGUUGCAGCCAUGAAGGAAAUCAUGGCCCAGAAAGAGAAGCUUCAAUGCCUGAAGGAUUUCCACAAGGACACGUUGAAACCCUCACCGGGGAAGAGCCCAGGCACGCGGCCCGAAGAUGAGGCCGAAGGCAAGGCUCCGCAGAGGGAGAAGUGGGCCAGCAAGCUCGACUUUGUUUUGUCCGUAGCCGGAGGCUUCGUCGGAUUAGGAAAUGUCUGGCGUUUUCCUUAUCUUUGUUAUAAGAAUGGUGGAGGUGCAUUCCUCAUCCCUUACUUCAUCUUCCUGUUUGGGGGAGGGCUGCCAGUCUUCUUCCUGGAAGUGGCACUGGGCCAGUACACCUCUGAAGGAGGCAUCACCUGCUGGGCCAAACUCUGCCCCAUCUUCACGGGUAUUGGCUAUGCCUCAAUCGUGAUCGUCUCCCUACUGAAUAUCUACUACAUAGUGAUCUUGGCCUGGGGUCUGUACUACCUAUUUCAGUGCUUUCAGCCUGAGCUCCCCUGGGCCAAAUGCAACCAGCCCUGGAACACAGAAAAUUGUGUGGAGGACACGGUUCGAAAAAACAAGUCCCUUUGGCUGCUGGCCAACAUUACCAAUUUUACCUCCCCUGUUACAGAAUUCUGGGAACGUAACGUCCUGAGCAUCUCUUCCGGGAUCGAAGAAAUCGGGCCCCUCAAGUGGGAUCUGGCCCUUUGCCUGUUGGCAGUGUGGGUUAUCUGCUUCUUCUGCAUCUGGAAAGGAGUCAAGUCCACUGGGAAAGUUGUGUACAUAACAGCAACCUUCCCGUUUGUGAUGCUGAUUGUGCUGCUCGUACGAGGAGUGACCCUGCCGGGGGCAUCGGAGGGCAUCAAGUUUUACCUUUACCCCAACCUGACUCGCCUGCAGGACCCAGAGGUGUGGAUUGACGCGGGUACCCAGAUUUUCUUCUCCUACGCCAUUUGUUUGGGUGCCAUGACAUCGCUGGGGAGCUACAACAAAUACAAAUACAACUGCUACAGGGACUGUUUGCUGCUGGGAGUCCUCAACAGCGGCACCAGCUUUGUGUCUGGCUUCGCAAUAUUUUCCGUCCUGGGCUUCAUGGCACAAGAACAAGGGGUGGACAUUGCCGAUGUGGCAGAGUCAGGUCCCGGCUUGGCUUUCAUCGCUUACCCUAAAGCAGUGUCUAUGAUGCCGUUGCCAACAUUCUGGGCCAUCCUCUUCUUUAUCAUGCUGCUGCUACUUGGUCUUGACAGCCAGUUUGUUGAGGUGGAAGGACAGAUCACGUCCAUUGUGGAUCUGUAUCCGGCCCUCCUCAGGCAGGGUUACCGGCGAGAGAUCUUCAUCGCCAUCAUGUGUUUCCUAAGCUAUCUCCUGGGACUCGCCAUGGUAACCAAGGGUGGCAUGUACGUCUUUCAACUCUUCGACUACUAUGCAGCCAGCGGUGUGUGCCUUUUGUGGGUUGCAUUUUUUGAAUGCAUCGCUGUAGCCUGGGUUUAUGGAGUUGAUAAUUUUUACGAUGGAGUUGAGGAUAUGAUUGGCUACAGACCAAACUCGUGGAUGAAAUGGAGCUGGACCAUCAUCACACCAGUCCUCUGCAUGGGCUGUUUUGUCUUCUCGCUGGUCAAGUACAAGCCUUUGACGUAUAACAAAGUGUACGAAUACCCUGACUGGGCCAUCGGCCUGGGCUGGUGCUUGGCCUUGUCCUCCAUGAUCUGUAUCCCCAUGGUGAUGGUCAUCAAGAUCUUGCAAUCUGAAGGACCCCUCAUUGAACGGAUCAAAGCGGUGGCGGCCCCGGCAAAGUCAGGCGUGAGCUCACGGCCCAAAGAGUACACGGUGCCGAAAAACAGCGAGCUGACUCAGCCCCUGGACCCCAAUGGGAACGGCGGCUCCAUCAAGCCCACCCACACCAUUGUAGAAACAACCAUGUGAGCGCUCUCUGUGAGAGGAAUAAGAUUCAUGUGCUUUUCCUGUUCUUAUCGUAUUCGCUAACGUCGGUAGGUUUGCGUUGACCACCUUAGAGACCCUGUGGUUCCAUAUCUAUGAGGAGAAUUCUAUAUUGAUGUGAUUUUGGCUCUCUAUUUUUUACCAUAUCAAUAUUGUUAAUGUUUCAGCUGUCGUUGCUGUAGUUGGCACUGAUCGUAGGCAGUCCAGUAUUUUCCACAUAGAACAUGUUCAAUGUUUACUACCUUUCUUCUUGUUGAUUCCGGAGAGAUGAGGAAUUUGUGUGUCGGGCAAGGAAGCAGGAAUGAAACGUCUCUUAAAUUCAGCAGACUUAAUGUGUUGUUAAAAAAAGGUAGGCGAUGUGAGAAGAUCCUCGGUGACGGCGGCCGCUUUGUUACUGAGCUAAUUUGUCGCAUUCAUCUGAAUCUGAAUGAGAAUAUAUCGUUCAUAGAUGAGCUCACAUCUUUUAGAGUAUAUCUUAUCCAUUUAAACAUAUACUAGACAUUUUACUCUGCUUUGGUUGAAAGCCUUGGCCAAGUCUAGGUGCAUUCAUAUGAAGCUCCGUGUUAAUAUAAAAAAAGAACAAAUAUGAUCAAAAUCACAAUGAUGAAAAAGGCAUUUUAGAUUAUAUGUAUAUUGCUUUUGUGGCUGCAAAGGUCAGUCCCAGUGCAUCUUUCUCUUUUCUUUUUUUUUUUUUAAAACCUCUUGCACUUUAUUGUUGUUUCACCGUUAUUAUAGUGUUUGUUUUGACUGGUGCAGUGUGUUGCUGUAGAACAUGCAACAUGUUUCAACAGGAAAUAUUUUACUAUAUAAAUUGUCAAAUUUAUCAAUGUUAAUGAACCUUGGUCCAUAGAACCGGUAGGAAUCUAAAAAAUGACAGCUUGGUUCAUGCAUAAUCCGUAAAGCAGGAGUGUCAAACUCAUUUUUGUCGUAGUCAGUUUUCUUCGGAGGGCCAUUAUGACCAUCAACGCCUUUUUAUUAUAUACAGAAUUGGCUACACAAUAAACUACACGGUUUGAAACUAAGAGACUAAAACUGUUCAAAUAUUUUUAAAAGAUGAAUAGUAACAAACAUUUUUAGCAAUAUCUAUUUCUUUAAAAGUGAAGACAAUUUGUAGUUUUAGUAUUGACAAAUGAUGUCAAUGCACAAUUUGUCUUUGGGGGCCACAUAAAAUGAUGUGGCGGGCCGUAUCUGGCCCAGGGCCUUGAUUUUGACACCUAUGCCGUAAAGUAAUCCUGCAAAUAGAGCUGUGCUUUAGCCCAACACCCCCCCCCCCCCUCCAACAGCUCAUUUCAACAGCAGACAUUUUUGAUUAUGCUUCGUUUUUAACAUUGACUUUAGCCAGUUGUAUAGUAGAAUUGCAAUUGUUUGUAAAUCACAUAUGCCUUUUGUAACAAUUUUGUACAUCAUACAAACAUCACGACUGAUCGGUAACAACUCAUAAAUGUGUUUUAAUUGUGCAAUAUUCAGUGUAGAAAUGGCAACUUGUAAAUGUUCAAUGUUAUGAAUUAACCAGAAUUAAAAUGCAAUACUGUAUUAAAAAAAAAAAGCAACAACUCAUAAGAGUCGAACUUGCAGUUUCAUCCACUAAAAAUCUAAAUGUACCAAAGUAUGUAACUCACAUUUGUCUACGUUUGGAUGCACAUUGCAUCAUUUCUACAUAGACUACAAUAAACACUGUUUCUUGGA